CCAGGUCCUGGUUAUGUGACAAAACUCACAGAGCUCAUCAGAGCAAAGUCCUCCCCAAGAUCUGAUGGGAUAGAAGAUGCUAGAGAGUUUGUGGGCUUCUUUCCAGACUUUAUCUGGACUGUACGGGACUUCACUCUGGAGCUGAAGUUGGAUGGUCACUGCAUCACUGAAGAUCAGUACCUGGAGAAUGCCUUGCAACUGGUUCCAGGGCAGGAUCCCCAAACCCAGACUUCCAACUGGCCAAGGGAAUGCAUCAGACAAUUCUUUCCUAGGCGGAAGUGUUUUGUCUUCGACUGGCCAGUGAGUGACCCACAACUCUUAGCCAAGAUUGAGAGUAUAUCAGAAAGCCAGCUGAACCCUAAUUUCCAGAAGCAAUUGGAGAACUUUUGUUCUUAUAUCUUCAGUCAUGCAACUGGCAAGAGACUCGGAGAGGGGAUCCUGGUCACUGGGAGUCGACUGGGGAAUCUAGUGCAGACCUACGUGGAUGCAAUCAACACUGGGACAGUACCUUGCUUGGAGAAUGCAGUAAAAACAUUGGCAGAGCGUGAAAACUCCACAGCUGUCCAGAAGGCAGCUGAGCACUACAGUGAGCAGAUGGCCCAGCGAGUGAGGCUCCCCACAGACACGCUCCAGGAGCUGCUAAGUGUGCACUCAGCCUGUGAGAAGGAAGCCAUUGCUGUCUUCAUGGAGCACUCCUUCAAGGAUGACCAGUGGAAGUUCCAGAAGAAGCUUGUGGUCACCAUUGAGGAAAGGAAGAAAGUUUUCAUGGAACAGAAUGAAUCAGCAUCUCUCAGUCACUGCCAAGCUGAACUGGACAAGCUCUCAGCAUCCCUGAGGGAGAGCAUCUCACAUGGAACUUUCUCUGUUCCUGGGGGCCAUAGUCUCUACCUAGAGGCCAGGAAGAAGGUUGAGCAGGACUAUGAACAAGUGCCCAGGAAGGGAGUGAAGGCAAGUGAGGUCUUCCAGAACUUCCUGAAGUCACAGAUCACUGUGGAAGAAUCCAUCUUGCAGUCAGACAAAGCUCUCAGUGAUGGACAGAGAGCUAUGGCAGCUGAACUGGCCAAGAAGGAGGCAGCUGAAAAGGAACUGGAGUUAAUGAGGCAGCAACAGGAGAAGAAAGAGCAAGAGAUUGAGGCUCAAAUGAGAAGCUUCGCAGAAAACAUGACCCAGCUGCAGAAGAAGAUGGAGAUGGAAAGGGAGAACAUUCUGAGAGAUCAGGAGAGGGUUCUGGACCACAAGCUAAAGGCUCUAAAAGACCUACUUCUUGAAGGAGUUGAGGAGAAAUAUGAAGAUUUAAGAAGAGAAAUAAAGCUGAGAGAUGAAGAGAUUAAAGCCAUGAAACACAGUUCAAUUCAGAAUAUCCUUGAGAUCGCUGGCAAUAUACUAACUGAAGUACUUCCUGUGGUAUGCAAUAUGGGGAUGCAGAUUCUUAGCUCAUAUAUAGUAGGAUAGGACAUCCAGUAAAGUAUAGUAAGAAGGCUUCAUAUGUGGUUGUAAUACUGUUAUAGGCACCUUUGCAGUGUCUCUGUUCUCAUGGAUUCAUUGAACUGCAGUUUUAAAUUAUAGAAUUGUCAAAUAAUGUCAGACACCAACAACUCUUGCACAAAAAAAAUUGAAAAGCAACUAAGGUUUAAUUAAAUAAGUAGAAAUUACUCAUGAAAAUUAUUUAACUGAGGCAUAGAUGCAAAUGGUCCACCCAUAAAUUUCCACCAUCAUUAUUGCCUAUAUAUGAGCUGAACCAAUACAACAAGAAACAAGACAAAGUAGACAGGAAAAAAUCCCAUGAGACCUCUACCUUACAAAAAGAACUACAGGUGGCUAUGGGGCACUGAGAUCAAGAGAAAUAGUAUUCUCCAAGGAAUGACACACCAGUUGGUUAUCUAGUACCAAACGGUCAGUGUUGUGAGCUAUGCCCUUAAAACCCUCCAUUAUUGAUAUAAUAUUAUAGUUAGAGUUAAGUAUGACUGAGUUCAUUAAGAGGUCAAGGAUGAUGAAAAAUCCUCAGGCAGCUGCAGAAGGCUAAUACAAAUCUGGUGGUCAGAUGUCUAAUGAUAUGACAAACUUGUGACCUUUCUGAAAAAUACAUCUGGUGGUAGGUUGCCUAAUGAUAUGACAAACUUGUGACUUUUCUGACAUCCUGUUGACAUCAGCUGAUUGCCUAACCACAAGAACAAUGUGUCCGUGGCCUGUGUAAAUGUUUCCCAGUUCACCCCUCCCUCUGUUACCCCUGUUAUGGUAUAAAUUCAGCUUUGGGAAAAAAUAAAAUUUGUUGCCUUGAUCAGACUCUUUUCUUGGCA